CUGUUGUACAGUUUGCGAAGGGGGCUGGUUAUAAAACAUUGCCACAAUAUUAUUUGGGUUAGUUGGUCGCCAUAACAGUGCCGCAAUGAAGGUUUUGGCACUUUUGUGUUUAGCCACUGUGGCCUUGGCAAAACACGAACAGUAUAUUGGUUGGAAGUCUUACUACCUAGGACCAACCACCUUCGAACAGUUACAAGCUAUAGGCCGUCUGCAUGAUGAGUUUGAUUUGGACAUUUUGAGCCAUCCGAUACUUGAACGUGAAGGGAUUACCUUGGUGAAACCUGAGCAUCAUGUUGCCUUCAUCAAAGCUAUAGAGGACGAAGGCAUUCCUUAUAGGAUUCACAGAGACGAUGUCAAAGCGGCACUCGACUACGAUGAUAUGGUAAUCGAGAAGAGAAGAAGCGAGAGAGCCGCCAGGAACUCCAGGGAGAUGCCUUAUGACAGCUAUCAGAGGAUUGCAGUGAUUGACGAAUACCUCCAAGACGUUGCCAGCAGGUACCCUGAUAUCGUCACACUGGUGACUCCAGCUAACACGUUUAACGGUCAUCCUAUCCAAUACCUGAAGAUUUCCACUACCAACUUUGAAGACGAGAGCAAACCAGUCAUCUUUAUCGAUGGAGGAAUCCACGCCAGAGAAUGGAUAUCCCCGCCAACUGUUACAUACGCUAUAAGGAAGUUGGUGGAAGAUGUCACUGAAUCUGAUCUUUUGGACAAGUUUGAUUGGAUACUCCUGCCCGUGGUGAACCCUGAUGGAUAUGAGCACACCUUUACUUCUUUCCGAUUCUGGCGUAAAACACGCUCCACCGACCAACAUCAACUCAGCCCUGCCUGUCCCGGGGUGGACGGCAACCGAAACUACGAUUUCUUCUGGAACACCGUCGGUACCAAUCCAUCUCCUUGCUCCGACACCUACGCCGGCAGCCGAGCCUUCUCCGAAAUCGAGACAAGGGUCGUCAGGGACAUUGUCAAUGAAAACCUUCACAGAAUCGCUUUAUACCUCACUAUGCAUAGUUAUGGCAGCAUGAUUUUGUAUCCUUGGGGUCAUGAUGGUACCCUGUCACCUAACGCCUUCGCUCUCCAUGUCGUUGGCAUAGCAAUGGCUGAUAAAAUCCACGAAAGCCAACUCCCUAACUUCCCAAGUUACGCCGUUGGCAAUUCUUUACUGGUUAUUGGUUACGGAGCAGCUGGUGCCGCAGAAGACUGGGCUCAUUUGGUGGGAGUACCUUUGUCGUAUACCUAUGAGUUGCCAGGUCUAGAUGGUGGCUUCAAUGGGUUCCAUUUGGACCCCAUUUACAUUGAACAGGUCGUGAAAGAUACCUGGGAAGGUAUUGUCGUAGGAGCGAGAGAAGCCGGCGAACUGUUUUUGAGGAAGAAAUCAUUGUAAAUAUGUAUAUGAUAUAUGUAUAUUGUGAUAUUAUAUAUUUUUUUAUUGUUUUUAAAUAAAAUGACUUACAAUUUAA